UCAUCUCUAGUUUGUUUCAAAAUAACAUUUUUAGAUAGAGAAUUUUGCUGCCUAAAACGUUUCUAAACAAAUAAAAGUGGUGAAAUAAAAACUGAAGCCUUUUGAUAAAGUUUUUGUUAGAAAAACUUUUUUCUUCAAGUGUGCCCGCUUUGGUUAAUUUGGUUUAAUGAACGUAAAUUAUCAAGUCAUUGAAAUUAUCAUUUUCGAGCUAAAAAAAAAAAUCUCAACUGCAAAUUUAAUUUGAGUUUAGCAAACAUUUUCAUACCCUGCUGAACUCGGGACAGCCUGCGUACACCGUGUUUUGCUAUCCAUUCAUGCCGACAGAGCCGGUAAAAUCUGCCGGCCGCCAUGAACCUGGAAUCAGUCCUAGUCGAGAUGUGGUCGGAUGCGCUCGCUGUUCGUCUUUCUACCGCACAUUCCGUGAGCGUACCACCGACAUUUACCGGCCGUUUCCUUUGACUCACCGCGAGUUGUUUUAUUUUCGUUAUCUCGAAGUGCGGGCUGUUGUUAUUGUUUAGGUUUAGUCCACGGUGCAUCUGUGCCAUAUCCAUCAUCAGCGGUCGUGCGGACAGACAGCAGAAGUCGACGACGGCUGAAAUGGGUGGCAUCGCGACGCUCCUUCCAUGCAUCCUCGGUGUACGGCUCUUGCAGCAACGCUGGAAGCGGUGUACAAAGCAGUAAAUUUACUGCUGCCGGCACUCCGUCACUCCGUCUAGUCGUUUAGUAGACUUUGAGCUGUACAUUAGGUUUCCAGUAGUAGCGAUCCGGUUAUGGAAAAAAGAGUCUGAAGUGAGUUUUUGGUUUGAGUACCAAACCAGCGUUACUCCACCAUCAAUUAGUAAAGUAGGCAGUAAAGUGAAGUGUGAGAAGUGGUCCACCACUGGUAUAAAAAAUAUAUGCGCUUUGUUUUGUUUGGUUUGGUUUAAUGGUUCGGCUGGGUGCAGUUUUGGCUGUUUUUCGAGCGUGCGCCAAGCAAAAAGCUUCCAGUAGUGUGAGAGGCGUCUCACACCUUUUGUAAGCGCAAAAUUUGAAUUUUUCGGCAAAAUAUUCACAUAGUAUACGUACUUUUCACGUGGGAGUUACGAGGAGAACUCGUAUUUGUAAGCACGGCUCGCCGUUGGCGAUGGCAAAAGUAUCACUUCAUCCAGUUAUGGCUGGAGAGGAUUACAGCAUCGCGACGGCCACCGUUACCGCCACCACCGCGGAAGAACGCGAUCCUGGGAAUGGCGAAUUGUUCGAUAUGUACGAGCUGCUCAGCAAUGCGGUAGACCGUGUGGGCGAAGAAUUUCGUCGGAACGAUCCGCUGCUGGAACGUUGGCCCGAGGGACUGGCGCUGUACGUUUAUAUCGGAUUUGUCGUUGGCGGAGGAAUCUUGCUGAACCUGAUUCUGGUUAAAGGAAUUCUGCAAGCAAAAUAUAGCGGUUCCUUAUACUUUGUUCUUCAAAUUGCCAUUCUGGACAUCUGCAGUCUUCUGAUCAGCAUCUGGGAGCUGUUCUAUAUUGUGCACCAGCGGUGGAUCUUCGAUUUGGAGCACUGCACAUUCUACAUCGGUUUCGAGUCGUUCACCAAUAUCGCCAUUGUGUACUUCAUUAUUGGCCUUAAUUUCCACUCGAUUUCAACGUACAACCUGGCCCAACAAAUAUCGACGACAUGCGAGGAUCUGACCAGUUCGUAUCAGGAAAGCAGCGAAAGCAGCGAAAGCAACUCGGACUACAUGAUAACCGAAGAACAUAACUACGAGGUGGCAACGGAGAAUAUCAUCCACAAGCGAUCGCUGACUAUCGACUAUCGCCACCGCAAAACCAACAUUUCUGUUCUUCUGCCAGUGAUGCUGAUAUGGUUUAUCGCCAUGUCGGAAUCAUUGCCGUUAUUUCUAUUUUCGGAUGUUACCAGUGCGAAUGAAGAUAGCCGGUUCUGUACAAUUCUCAUCAACGAUCGCACCAAUCACUACAUCAUCCAGUGGCUGAUCAUCGUCAUUCGAAUCGCCAUCCCGACCGUGACGCUGCUAGUGACCACCGUUAUGAUUAUUUAUAAGUUCUACCAGGGUCGUAGAUUUGUACAGCCAAACGAAAUCGAUGAAAACGUGUCGUUCAUUUUGAAGGUUGCCAUUUUUCUAUCGCUUACCUACGCGAUAUUUUCGAUACAAAAACUAUACGGGUCCCUGCUGUUUGAGGUUCUAUCUAAACCGAUCCUUAGGUAUAAGUAUCCCACGCUUGACAGGCAAACGGGAUUAAUUUUCACCUGCCUGCACUACUCUCUAUCCUUUAUCAGGCCCCUGGUGGUCAUCGUAUUGUGUAAACUCAAGCAUAACCAUGUCGAUAUUACGUUUUUAUACGGAAGCAGAAAGAAGAUAACUGAUAUGGCAUAAGCAAUAAAAUCAAUAGUU